GAAUAUUGAGUAAUUUUUGACUAUUCAAGAUGAAAUCCAUCCUUGUGCUCGCCUGCCUUUUAAGUGCCCUGUGCCUAGCUGCUGCCGCUCCGGAUGCAGAGAUUGUUGACCUGGUGUCCGAUGUCAAUGCCGAUAGCUAUAGCUACAAAUUUGAGACAAGCGAUGGCACCAAGCAGGAGCAGCACGGCUCCCUGAAGAGCCUUGGUCCCGAGGAGGAUGCCUUGCAGGUGGCCGGAUCCUUCAGCUUCGUAGGAGACGACGGACAGACGCAUGCCAUCAGCUACGUGGCCGAUGAGAACGGAUUCCAACCCCAGGGCGAGGAUAUUCCCCACCUAUAAAUCGGUGUAUGAUGGUAAUUAAAAAGGUCUUCUAGUUGAAAACUAGAAAUCAAUUGGAAAAACAAGUCAUUAAAUCGAAAUAGGCUCAGAAACCAUAAUACUGAAUAACCUUUUAUCGUAGCUCAGUUUAAAUAAAGAAUAAAACCAAUUGUUAUGUUCCUU